AUGGCCAGUGCUGUCGCCGCGGUCAAGCCGCCUCGCGAGCUCUUUGAUACGAUUCUGCUCUUGGACUUCGGAAGCCAGACAUCGCACCUGAUUCUCAGGUGUCUCAGAUCCCUCAAUGUGUUCUGGCAUUAUCUUCAGCGGAGGCAAGCGCUCUUGACCUCCCUCGCAAGGGCUUCUGCUGAUUUCGUGUCCAGGACCCGCGUCCAUGUCGAUCCUGCAUUCUUUGACUUGGGGGUGCCAAUCCUUGGAAUCUGCUACGGUUGCCAGGAGAUCGCCUGGCUUUCGGGCGCUGAGAAUGUCGCCCCAGGCGAGAACCGGGAAUAUGGCCACACGGAUCUUACCAUUUAUCAAGCCGGCAGCUCUGAUCACAUCAACCAACUCUUCAAGGGCCUGGGAGACACAAUGCACGUCUACAUGAGUCACUUUGACAAACUGGUGGGAUUACCAAAAGACUUCGUCACGAUCGCCAGCUCGAAGAACUCAGAGUAUGCGGGAAUUGCCCAUCAGACCAAGCCCAUUUAUGGAAUCCAAUUCCAUCCCGAAGUCUCGCACACUCCCCGGGGCUCAGAAGUACUGAAGAACUUUGCCGUCGACAUCUGCAAAGCUCGGCAGCAUUGGGUCAUGAGCGACUUCAUCGCGCAUGCGAUCUCACGCAUCCGCGAGCAGGUCGGUGACAAAGCCCAGGUCAUAGGCGCUGUCUCGGGCGGUGUCGACAGCACGGUGGUUGCUCGGCUCAUGCGGGAGGCUAUUGGCGACAGAUUUCACGCCGUCCUUGUGGAUAACGGGGUGAUGCGUCUCAACGAGAGCCGAGACGGCGUCAGCGACCCCGAGACGAAGCGCAAAAUCAUUGGCAAUCUCUUCAUCGAAUUGUUCGAGGAGGAGGCCAUCAGGAUUGAAAAAGCGGCCGAGAACACACCUAAUGCUGGCAAGGUCGAGUUUUUCGUCCAAGGAACUCUGUACCCAGACGUCAUCGAGUCUCUGAGCUUCAGACCGGGUUCAAACUCGGCAACAAUCAAGACACAUCACAAUGUGGGCGGCCUCCCGGCUCGUAUGAUGAACGGCCAGGGCCUCAAGUUGAUCGAGCCCCUGAGGGAGCUCUUCAAGGACGAAGUCCGGGGCUUUGGCCGCCAACUGAGCGUCCCAGAAGAACUGGUCAUGCGCCACCCUUUCCCGGGGCCUGGCAUUGCCAUCAGAAUCAUCGGGGACGUCACGCCCGAGCGUGUUGAGAUCGUCCAGAAGGCCGACAACAUCUUCAUCUCCAUGAUCAAGGAGGCAGGCAUCUACAACGAGAUCGCCCAGGCCUACGCCGGCCUCGACACCAACAGGGCUGUUGGAGUCAUGGGUGAUGACCGCGUCUACGGAUACAUCGUUAUCCUCCGCGCCGUCGCAUCGGUAAACUUCAUGACUGCUGAGCCCUACGAGUUCACCUUUGACUUCCUGAAGCAAGCCGCGCGGAGGAUUGUGAACGAGGUUGUCGGUGUCUCUCGCGUGACUUACGACAUCACGAGCAAGCCUCCUGGAACUAUCGAGUUGGAGUGA